CUUCACUCUGGUUCGCAUACACAGAGAGAGAGCAUAUUUUAGUUUUUUUUUAGUGUUGUAUAUGGCAUCGACAGUGAAAUUUACAAAAUAAUAAUUUAAGUUUAUGAUUUUUCUUUUAUUUCGUGAAAAAUGGUAGAUCGACUUGUGAACAGUGAAGCAAAUGCCCGUCGUAUAACAAUGGUUGAAAACUGCUUCGGCAGUUCAGGACAGCCAUUAGGAAUUCCCGGUCGUGUAUUAGUCGGCGAAGGUGUGCUAACAAAAAUGUGCCGCAAGCGAUCGAAACCCCGGCAAUUUUUCUUGUUCAAUGAUAUCUUAGUGUACGGGAAUAUAGUUAUCAGUAAGAAGAAGUACAACAAACAGCAUCUGAUACCACUCGAAGAGGUCCAAUUACAAGGUCUUGAAGAUAAUGGACAAUACCGAAACGGAUGGCUCAUACGAACAACAACGAAAUCAUUUGCGGUUUACGCUGCGACAAGUACAGAGAAGCAGGAAUGGAUGGCACACAUAAACAAGUGCAUAGAGGAUUUACUGCGAAAAAGCGGGAAGAAACCAGUUGAAAAACAUGCAGCCGUUUGGGUACCGGACAAUGAGGCUAACGUUUGUAUGCAUUGCAAGAAGACACAAUUUACGAUGAUCGUGAGAAGACAUCAUUGUCGGAAUUGUGGUGCGGUUGUUUGCGGUCCGUGUUCAUCAAAGAAAUAUUUGCUGCCUCAACAGAGUUCGAAACCAGUUCGCGUUUGUUUAGAUUGUUACGAUUCGUUGAGUCAAACCAAAACGGAACAGACUAAAUCGAAUGUCGGCAACGCUAAAUCGAAUAACAACACAUCAACAAUGGAUAGUUCUGCCGAGGAUUCGGACGAUGAAGAUGCUAACGAUGAGGCGAAGGAAACUCAUGACGAAAGUUUUAAGAGUCACUUCAGGUCGAUUUCGACGACCAUUUAGCGCACGUUUAUCCACCAAAAUUCUACGGAGAUGCCGAUAAAAACUAGAUUGUCCAUUGGUUGAGCCAGCAAUAGAAUUUUCGGAUAUUUAUGUGAGAGGAUAGAAUUUCACUUCUAUUGUGAUGAUGAUGAAGAGAAUAAUUUUUUUUUCUUUGUUCGUUUAGAAAAUUAAUUUUCUGUCGCGAGUAAUUUGUCCCGGAAUUACCACACAUUUUCUUUGGAUUUUCUUUUUGUUUCGAAAAAAAGUUUACAUUAAAAUUCAAUCAUAAUUUGUGCGGCGUGUAGCAACACGCGCUUCGAAUUAAUUUUAUUUUUUAAAUUUUAUUUUGAAUUUAAUUUCUAGCACGAUUUAUGGACUCGCUUCCAUAAUCGAAUUAAUUAUAUCGAUAGCGAUACUAACCCAAAUUAUAUGUUGUCACUAAAGCCAAACCAAACUAACAUCUGUGUUCGAAUACGAUCUUGUCUCCGUGAACAUUUCAUUCAUUGCCCAUGUCCAUUAUGUCAGUUCGACAUCAGUCCCUCAUUAAGGCCAAGCUUUGAAACAUUAUCAUGCACUAAGACAAAAACCAAAAAAAAAAAUCAUUUCAAAGGCGCUUGGAGGAGUCGCACAAAUAAAUUGUUUUUAAGCGAUCUAAGCGGAACUUAAGAAAAAAGAUUUUUUUGCUGUAUAAGGUAAUGUGGCAUUUUGGUGUAUGUUUAGCCUUAUAAGACGCUGACCUGCAUAUGAGCUGGUUGACCCAUCAAACUAAAUGAUAGUUGUUGCUUCGUUCUUCUGUAUAACCUUUCAGAAACGAUUAAUCAUCAAUAUUGACGACAAAAAUAAGCGAUAACUUGAGCUUAUUGCGGCCGCAAUUUCAAUGAUUUAGUGAUUUAGUGCUUACAAUUUCUGAAAGGUUAAUCAUCAGAGAAUGAUCAAAUUGACUUGACUCCGUUGUUAAGGAUAACGAAUACCACUUUGUCUCCUCUGAUUUGUGGGUAUACCCUUUGGAACAUUUCCUGCCGGAAUAUCGCUACCACACUGACACACGGAUGCAUAUCAAUUUUUGGUCCCUCGUAGAUGUGUGCGUAUAUAUAACGUUUUUUUUGGGGGUUUUAUUAUUAUUGGAAAAGAAAACAUUUUUCUUCUUUUGUUGAAUUACAAUAACGAAACUGUAAAAAUUUAUAAAUAUUUUUUAAAAGAAAAUUAAUAUUAAAAUUUAAGAUUUAUAUAAUUAUUAUGUAGGUAUAGUAGAAAAGAAGAAAAGAGAUACACAACACACAUACACAUACAGACACACGUAUAUAAAUAUAAAUAAAGAAAGAAAUAAAUAAAUA